AUGCCUUCCGUCGUCGUCUUGAUACCCAAGACCGAACCUAAUGCGGCAAAUACUCGUACUGCUUCCGCUUCGCCAAAGAGGGCGCCCUUUGCUUCUUUGCAGUCACAUCCCCGAUCGUCCUCAGCUUCAGCAUUGACCUCGAUAUCAAGGUCAUCGUCCCCGCCCUCUCGCCCUUCCACGUUGGCACUACACUCAUCGAGAGCAUCUCCUUCGAAACUUCGUCGUUCUCUUUUGACCUCCUCGUCCUCGUCAUCAGCAUCAGCAUCAGCAUCGAUACCCUCACACUUCUUAGCGCGGCAUCAUUCCGGCUCCUCGUCUUCCUCUUCUAAUGCCUCUUCGUUUUCGAGCAAACCUCGCCACAGCAUCCGCUCUAGCCAAUAUGCUGCACCUAUCGAUCCGACAGAUCCUUUUGGGCCAGACGAUGCGUAUAUGUCUUUCAAGCGUUCCCCAGGCGAUGGUCACGGCCUUUACGUCUGUCAAUGGCGCCUGCGUGACAAGAAGGACCUUCUUGACGCAAAAGGUCACAAGUACUGCCGUUGCGAACUCACGACGGCUGAUCUACUUGCGAAGCAUGUCCUGUCUACGCAUAUGGUUACCGACAUGCAAUCUAGACAGGUAUCCAAGCAAAAGACGGCAUGCAAAUGGGGCACCUGCCUCAACCGACACUACGACCCGGCAGGCUUGGCUGCUCACGUCGUCCGCGAUCAUAUGACGUACCAGCUCGGCUUAAAGUAUGCGUGUAUCGUCAAGACAUGCACGACCAAGGCCAUCUUGACAUCGCUGGACGCUUUGGACAGUCACCAUGCGCGAUAUCACGCCAGCUCGAUGGGCAAAGAGCCUCUCCGCCCGAUAUGGCAGCCAUUGCCAACUUCCAAAGGCGAACGGAGAGCCAGCCAGUUGUUGGCAACGCUGCGAAAGCUUGACGCAACUGGCAGUCCAUCUUUUAGGAUUUCCGUCUCUGCUCGUGCGAAUCCCAGGGUCAUCCCGGUAAGCGAGCGCGCCCGCAGUAUUCGAGAGAUCAAGUUCAAGAAGAGAUACCUUGAUCCGAUCGAUGUGCGACCAGGAGAAGGCCAAGAUGGUCAGCCGUGGCUUCGUCUACACAAGCGCUUGCAGCGAAGCACUGAGUACUGGAAUAGCGCGAAAGCAGCCGAUGAGGCGCUCUUCCGAGCUGUUGACUACAAUCUGGCUGACCUGGAAGAACUGCAUCGAGAACCAACAGCUUGCAUCGAGCUGGAAGGCGACCCAACCCUUCGCGCGAUUGAAGAGGGUGUACGGCAGACGCAGAUCUAUGCAACUAGUAGGGAAAGGCAAAUCGGCAUUUUCACCUUGACACUGCCUCCAAGUGACCACUGUCAAGUCGUUGUCAACGAGCGCUCGCCACAGGACUGGGUCGAAAGCAUAGGACCCCUUUCACUUGCCUCCAUAGAGCGCGAGAUGAAUUUCGACGCUUCUCUCUCGAAGCAACGUCGCUGGAUGGACAGGCUGCGAAAGCGGUCUUCGAUUGCUUCCUCCAGCAAUGCUCUUCCCUCUUGCGAAGAUGAAGGCGGAUCCGACGUGCAGGAUUCGGCAGCCGAUUGGGCACCGCCUUUGCGACUCAAUCCCUACCACCCGUCGUCCAGAAAUCGAUUCAUCUCCGCCAUCGAAGAUCACUCUGCGUUUCUCGAGAAGCCAUUGGCACUUAGACGGCGAAUCGACGCCCAACGCCAAAGCUGA